AGAUUCACCCGCUUUAAACCCCCCCUCCCCUUCACCUCCGUUUUGUCGUGUUUUGCGGCCACGAAUGCCUUCUCCUUCCGUCAAUCAAGAGGGAAAUAUCCAUGGACGCCAACCAAUUUCACUACACCGCCUUUAAAUCCUGAACGAAAAACCAACGUUUUCCCGGCCCCUCUUCGAGCCGUCCGCCUCACAAAGGAUUUGCCGACGUUCGGGAAUUCCGCGUUUCAUUCCUUUUUUUAGAACAGGAUAGGCCCGCCCCUUUCUACAUUUGUCAACACAAAGAGGAUUUGACAACACUGUUCAAGGACCGCCCAUCAUGCCCAAAUAAGGUUCAUUUGCCCAUACACGGCAAACAAUCGAUUCGAGUGUAACAUUUUCCCUUCCUUAUCCCGUUUAUAUGGUAGGUUCACUUCCGCCGUUGAUGUUAAAGCAGUGCUAUCAUGGCGGAGCGCGUUCAGCAGCCCCCAGCCAAACGGCUCUGCUGUAGACCGGGUUAUAAUACGAAUUGUAGACAGGGACAACGGGCCGGGGGUACGUUAUGUGGCGGUUCGGGUACGGCCCAAGGUGGGUCGAGCAAAACCCUGAGUCCGGAGUCUCUGUUGGAUAUCUCGGCCCGGAAAGUGGCCGAGAAGUGGCCGUUUCAACGGGUAGAGGAGCGCUUUGAACGGAUCCCGGAGCCUGUACAGAGAAGGAUCGUUUACUGGUCGUUCCCCAGGAGUGAACGGGAGAUCUGCAUGUAUUCUUCGUUCAAUACGGGGGGGGAGGAGAGUGGAACUAGCGGGGAAAAUAGCGAUGAGACGCGGCUGCCUUUCAGACGAGGUAUCGCUCUGUUGGAGAGCGGCUGUGUGGACAACGUAUUGCAAGUCGGGUUCCACCUCAGCGGAACGGUAACAGAACCGGCCACAGCGUCGGAACCCGAGCUCGUCUGCAGUGUGAGCGUCAGCUUCGACCGCUGCAAGAUCACCGCGGUAACGUGCGGCUGCGGCAACAAGGACAUCUUCUACUGCGCCCACGUUGUAGCGCUGGCCCUGUACCGUGUACGGAAGCCCGAGCAGGUCAAACUACACCUGCCCAUCUCAGAGACUCUGUUCCAGAUGAAUAGAGACCAGCUGCAGAAGUUUGUCCAGUACCUGAUAACAGUUCACCACACCGAAGUGUUGCCCACUGCUCAGAAACUAGCUGAUGAGAUUCUGUCUACCAACUCUGAGAUCAACCAGGUCCACGGGGCCCCGGACCCCACGGCAGGGGCCAGUGUAGAUGAUGAGAACUGUUGGCACCUGGAUGAGGAGCAGGUUCAGGAGCAGGUGAAACUCUUCCUCUCACAGGGAGGAUACCACGGCUCUGGGAAACAACUCAACCUUCUCUUCAGCAAGGUGAGAGAGAUGUUGAAGAUGCGUGACUCCAACGGUGCCAGGAUGUUAACGCUGAUCACAGAGCAGUUUAUGGGCGACCCUCGUCUGGCUCUGUGGAGACAACAGGGAACCACCAUGACUGACAAAUACAGACAGCUGUGGGAUGAGCUAGGUGCCCUGUGGAUGUGUAUUGUGCUCAACCCCCACUGUAAGUCGGAGCAGAAGUGUGUGUGGCUGAGACAGCUGAGACGGUGGAACAGUGUUGACGUGUGUCCCUGGGAGGACGGAAACCACGGCAACGAACUGCCCAACCUCACACACGCACUGCCGCACGGCAACCCAGACUUGUCGUCUCGUCCUCACAGGACAGUGUUUACGAGGGCCAUCGAGGCCUGCGACCUGCACUGGCAGGACACGCACCUGCAGCGCAUCAUCACACAUGACCUCUACACGCACUCACACGCACACUGUCACCACGACAACCAUGGCAGUGCAGGGGCACUGUUCGACGCCCGUGGCUGGCCCCUCUGGCACGGCGAAACAAGAUUUAGUCGGAGUAGCUUUGGAAGUAACAGCCUCCCACCCCGCCUCCCUCUCGCAGAGCACAUCCCUACAGCGUGUGCGAGGGUGGAUGCGCUGCGGUCACAUGGUUAUCCCAGGGAAGCCUUGCUGUUGGCCAUCGCUAUCGUCAACACCCUGAUACGGCAGCAACAGAAACAUCUUGAGCUCUUCCGCAGCCACAAAAAAGAGCUGCUCCAUAAAGGCAUGACAUCUGUCACCAACAUGGAGGGCUGGGUGGGACACCCCCUGGACCCUAUAGGCACUCUGUUCAGCACCCUACUGGACACGGGACGGGGAGACGAGGAGGGGCGCAACGCCUUCCUGGACUUCUCAGGCUCUGUGAGUUCAGCCAAAAGGUCGGAGCCCCACCUCUUUCCAGCACAACGCUUACUGGACGAUGGCCAAUCGUUCGUAGCACUGGCCGUAGAGACGGCUCUGAUCGGCUUAGGGCAACAGAGGGUGAUGCCCGACGGCUUAUAUGCCCAGGAGAAGGUGUGUCGCAACGAAGAGCAGCUAUUGGCCAAGCUCCAGGAAGUGGAACUGGACGACGCACUGGUCAAGAUCUUCCGCAAGCAAGCAAUCUUCCUGCUAGAGGCUGGUCCAUACAGUGGUCUAGGAGAGUUGCUCUACAGAGAGAGUGUUCCCAUGCAUACCUUUGCCAAGUAUCUCUUCACCUCCCUACUACCUCACGACACUGAACUGGCGUACAAAAUUGCACUGAGAGCCAUGAGGUUACCGGUCCUGGAAUCCAUGGCUCCGUCAGGUGAUCUGUCCAGACCUCACCAUAUAGUGUCAAUGGUCCCUAACCGUUACCCUCGCUGGUUCACUCUGUCUCAUAUAGAGUCACAACAAUGUGAACUGGCUUCCACCAUGCUCACCGCAGCCAAAGGUGACGGACGUAAGUUAGAAACAGUGUUAGAGUCCAUCCAGAAGAACAUCCACUCCUCGUCUCACAUCUUCAAACUGGCUCAGGACGCCUUCAAGAUCGCUACUCUGAUGGACAGUUUACCAGACAUCACACUGCUCAAGGUCUCACUGGAGCUGGGUCUUCAGGUGAUGAGAAUGACUCUGUCCACGUUGAACUGGAGGAGGAGAGAGAUGGUACGGUGGCUGGUCACCUGUGCCACAGAAGUUGGUGUGUAUGCGUUGGACAGCAUCAUGCAGAGUUGGUUCACCCUGUUCACCCCGACCGAGGCCACCAGCAUCGUGGCCACCACCGUCAUGUCCAACACCACCAUCGUCCGCCUGCACCUGGACUGUCACCAGCAGGAGAACCUGGCCUCCUCCGCCCGUACCCUGGCCCUGCAGUGUACCAUGAAGGACCCCCAGAACUGUGCCCUCUCCGCCCUCACGCUCUGCGAGAAGGACCACAUCGCCUUCGAGACGGCCUACCAGAUCGUCCUGGACGCGGCCGUCACGGGGAUGAGCUACACACAGCUGUUCACGAUAGCCAGGUACAUGGAGCACAGAGGAUAUCCCAUGAGGGCGUACAAGCUGGCCACGCUAGCCAUGGCCCACCUUAACCUCAGCUACAACCAGGACACUCACCCUGCUAUCAACGACGUGCUGUGGGCCUGCGCUCUGAGCCACUCUCUGGGGAAGAACGAGCUGACUGCCGUCAUCCCCCUGGUGGUGAAGAGCGUGAAGUGCGCCACUGUGCUGUCAGACAUUUUGAGACGGUGCACGUUGACCACGCCGGGCAUGGUGGCGCUGCACAGCCGCAGGAACUCUGGGAAGCUGAUGUCGCUGGACAAGGCUCCACUCAGGCAACUGCUGGACGCCACCAUCGGGGCCUACAUCAACACCACGCACUCUCGCCUCACGCACAUCAGCCCGCGCCACUACAGCGAGUUCAUCGAGUUCCUCAGUAAGGCCAGAGAGACGUUCCUCAUGGCCCAGGACGGACACAUCCAGUUUACCCAGUUCAUAGACAACCUCAAACAGAUCUACAAGGGCAAGAAGAAACUCAUGAUGCUCGUACGGGAGAGGUUCGGUUGACGAAAGACGAAACGUAAAAAAAACUAUUGUGAUUGGUCGACGGAUCUAUUGAGAUGGAAAUUGAGAGCGAUCACGCCCCCUUUUACUUGAUCCUGCCUUUGUAUCCUUUUGUAACUUAAAAAGUGACGGAAAAAAACGGAAAACGGAAAGAAAAAACAGAAAACAAGAAAAACGAAACGACUAAAAACAAACAAUAAAAAGGCCACAUCGGUAUUAAUGUGUAUAUAGACCCUAUUUAGUUCACAAACAAACAAAAAAAGAACAUUUGUUGUGGAAGUGUGUGUGUGUGUGUGUGUGUGUGUGUGUGUGUGUGUCCCUUUAUAUGUAUGAAGGAGAGUGUGAGAGAGAAAGAGAGAACUAAAAAUACAAUCUUUUGGUUUACACUGAGUAUAUGUUGUCCAGUGGCGAGAUGCCCUCAUAGCACUCCUGUUCCCCUUCUGUUAAACGCUCACAGAGACAAACACGGCUUAAACCAAACGGAGCAACUCCAUCAGACGUGACAAGUACCUCGUACGGACCCAGCUUUACUCCCCCCCUUGUCCUCACCCCUCCCUCCCCACUCAGUGUAGUCAACGUGUGCAAACAGCAGAAGUAAGAGAACAACACAAACAAACAGUUCAGCUCACAUUUCUUGUUUUUCCUUUUAUUUACUGUUCUUGUUUCUUGAGUAACAGUGAUCACCAACUCCAGUCUGACUGUCUGCCAUGGCUUUGCAGUGUUGUUCACCCUGAUGCUUCACACACACACUAAACAAGCAAAUAAACACAGAAAAACACACCCACACUCAGAAACUCACGCAGUUGCAGGAACACUGUAAACACACCCUCGCAGAAAACACACACUUAUACUGUCAUAGUGCUUGCGCUUGUGGAAACUUAGCAACUGUCAACAUACAUUCUCAGGGAUUUCUCUAUAAAAAAAAAGGAAAGUGAAAAAAGAAAGAGUGAGAGCAUUUUAUUGUACUGUGUAUAUAUAAUAGUAUAUGUCUGAAUAGUGAAACAAAAUGUAUACGUUAACUAAUUUAUAAAUAAUAUUCUAUGUAAUGCAAAAUACUUGAAGCUGCAGUACCUUGGUUUUUAUAGCAAAAACAUAUCAGAAGGACAAUUAAAAUGUGUCGCCUUGCGUUGCAUCAUCAGGGGCCAGGACAAAGGUCAGGGGUCACUUCAGUAGGACUGUUAGCUGGGUGACCCCGCAGAGACAGACAGACUGACACCCACUGGACUGCUUGACAGGAACUGGCUGUUUGCAAAACAGGACAUGGAUCUUGUAUUUUGUAUGGACCAGCAAAAUAUAUGUAUCCUCCAGUUGUAGACACAGUUUCAUUGGGCACCGCAGAAGAAGAGGAAAGAGGGAGACUUUCCAGGAGCCAGAUCAGUGAGCCUUAGCAUUACAGAUGUAGAACAAGGGCCCAGUGCCUAUGAAGCCGUCAAAUGUAGAUCUGACAAAAACCCCUGACUCUUUACUAAUAAUCAGCGUAGAAAUUUGGCCUGACCACGCCUCGUGUCUCCUUCCGCAGUGAUCAAGUUACAAAAAAGAAGCUCCAUUAUAUGCACAACAACCAACCAACAACAUGUACAUGCCUCCACAACCAACCAACAUGUACAACAUGCCUCUUCUGCUGACUCCCUGACUUUGUGCAGGACAGAAAGUUGCAAUGUAGGUCUUGACUGUUCCAACUUUUUUUUACGCUUUUUUUUUUAUGUUUCUCUCUUUUUGAAUUUUUAAAUUUUCUCUCUAGAAUUCCUCAACGAGAACAGCCUUCUUUCUUGCCUUGUCUUAAUGCUUUAAAACAACCAAACGGGAGUUCUAACUACCAAACUUCGUUCAUUAAAUUUAAAAAGCCAACCAACUUUGGUUACAACUUUUAGUGUCUUUAAUUUUUAGCUGAAUGGUUUUGUGUUCAGUGCUUUGAGAAUCCCUUCACCUCUGUUUGUUUUUGGGUGCAGAAACGUUGUCUAGUGUCUCUUGUCUCCUCCUCCCCUAAAGGUUUGUCCGUAGUUCCUUUGUCCAGAGGCAGAAAUAUAAUUCAUAUUCCAUUUUAUUUAUUUAUUAUGAUAGGUAAACGAUUGUACUUCUUCAACAGUGUCAGCAUUGCUCAUGAAGUUGAAAUUCAGAUUUGAUACACCGAUAUCAAUUUAUUUAUGUAACUAAAUCACUGUUUUAUAAACUUGUUAAUGAUUCAACUUUUUUUGUUUUAAUUAAAAUUAGUUUUUUGAGAGGA